UCUCCCUAGGAGACCAUGCGGCUGCUCCUCGGGCUCGUGCUGGCGGCCGCCUUGAGCCUGGAGCUGGCCCAAGCCUUGACGUGUCACCAGUGCAAGGGCUUCGGAGGCUGUGCCCAUCCGUCUAGAUGCCCAUGGAGCUCCAGCUACUGCGUCACCAUCGCCACCCGGAUCCCCUUAAGCCACAUCGACCUGCCUAUGGUGACCAAGUCCUGCCAGAGUGGCUGCCCUGAUGUCUCCUCCCUGGGCCUUGGCCCCCACGUGUCCAUUGCCUGCUGCCAGCACUACCUUUGCAACCAGGACUGAGCGCCGCCCCCCCCCCCCGCGCCUGCAGCCGGUGCCCCCACUCACAGCGCCAACCACGAGCCCUGGCCCCCAGGCAGACCCCACGCCUCCCCCCGCAGCUGAGCUGGGGCACCGGGUGGGGGCGCUCAAGGAGCAUCCCGGCUGUGCAGGGGGGUGGGGGGCUCAGGGGUGGCAC